ACCACUUUUGCUGAAGUUCGUUGCGCUUUUUGCCGAAGAGCAUCUAUGGCCUCGCCAGUGUCUGCCGAAGCUCGCUCGCCUACCGAAGACCACUCAUCCUACAGCGACAAGCAGGUUGCGUCGAGCAUCGACCAUGGUAUAGAGGCCGUGACGCAGCCACAGCCCUUUCCGGACGCCUAUGCAUAUGCCAACCCUAACAAUACCAAUAACGACAGUUCCAAUGGCGGCAGUGGAGGUGGAGGUCUCGAAGCGGUUCAUCACCUCCUAACAGAAGAUCAAGAGAACCCUGCCUGGCAAAAGGAAAAGUCACAACGAAAGAUCUGUGGUCUCAGCAGUAGGGCUUUCAUAAUCGUGGUUGGGGUAGCCACGGCUUUGCUAGUCGCCGCCAUCAUCGGAGGAAGUAUAGGCGGCGUACUUGCAAACAAAAACAACUCAGGAAGCGCAAAGGCCGAGUUAGCGAACACUAGCACCACGUCUCCCGCUGCUGCACUCUCAACAGAAGUAGCAACCACCUCAGCAUCAGCUAUUACAGUCACGUCCGAGCCUGCCACUCCCACGAAUGUCCCACCCGCUUCCUUAUCCACGAGUGCAACCACGUCAUCCUCACCGUUGUACACGACCACUAUGACAACCACAACCACAACCAGCACCUCCACAGCCCCUACCUCCACUGCCACGACCUCAACCUCCGGCGAAGGAAGCUACAACUGCCCCGCAGAUAAUAACACAAACUAUGUGUCCCCUUUGCUCAGCACCGAAACCUGGACUGUUCUCUGCGACACAGAUUGGCCAAGUGGCGUCGACGCCAUGAACGGUGGAGCUGUGGUCGACCUCACUGCCGUCAUUGCGUACAGCAUUGAUGCUUGCAUCGAUCAAUGCGCUGCAUACAACGUCGCUGGCGGAGAUUGUGAGGCGGUCGUCUAUGGCGCCAACAUUACCCUUGCACUGAGUAGGGGUGGUAUCCAGGGGAACUGCUUUUUGAAAAGUGACCGGGGAGCAAAGAACACUGUUGACAAUAGUGGCCAGGUAGAGGCGGCGUAUCUCUCCGCUGCCAGCUGAGAUGGGAAGAGGGAGCAACUUCGAUUCUGAUGAAAAGAUACUUGAAAGCGAGGGUGCCUUCAGAAAAGAUCUCGAAGCUGAAAGCUUUGAUCUGAGGAUGCCACCAGAAGAGAACACCAGGCCACCAUGGAGGGUGUCUUUAACCACUGGGGCCCGAGCUGCCUAACCGGCGACUUCUCAUUGAACCACCUCAAGAGUCCGUGCACGGUCCAGAAGGGUUCCGUUCACCGGCUUGCAGAACCGAGACUAACGCAGCUAUUGCACGCGCACUUUCGUCAGCGCGGUCUGCCUGUAUUGGCAUGACGAAUACAAGAUCGACAGCAUUAGGUUCGACAUUACGCAAGAAUGUCUUCAUUCAGGGAGACUCUCAGGGGCCCCGCCGGAUCUACUCAAGAGCACCAGCGGAGUGGUGGCCAGUUAGGGCCCGCGGAACUUCUCACUGGCCCUGAGGCAUCUUUGCGAGGAUGCUGCUUAUGUCGUCCGCAAUACGGCGGUCACUAGCUACUAGGACAGUGGCCUCUUCAGCAGAUGUUUCCAACGACUGUGGGAUUGGCGCCUUCCAAGUGACUACCUGAAUAUCUUGGACAACGCUAGAUUCGUGACCGACGAGGCCAAGAGAACCACAUCGUGUCUCAGCAGUCACGACCACUCGAUUGUUGCGUAUGAGGCGGGCGAGCAGGCUUUGGAGUCAACCCAACUCAUGGAUGGGGAGAUUCCGCGGAUGGGAGUAAUGGGCCACAACAUUUCUACGCCGGGCUGGUUUCACUGAUCACGCCCAGAACAUCAAGGAACAUUCCAGUUGAGCGGGGAGUUGAUCGAUCUCCUUCCCGGGAAAUAAGAUCACUAUUACAAACCAGAUUCUACGGCGGCACUCGAGUCGAAUUGGAGAUGUAUUUUCUACAAGAAGGUGGCUUAUGGGAGAUUUGGCCCCCAUCUCUAGUCCGUAUUCAAGAGUGUUGAGGGACUGGAUGGGAGAUGCAGUAUACCAAUGAGUUGGCAAUGCCCAAUGUGAGGGAAACCUGCAGACGCCGCACCCCGUUUCGGACAGAGGGUUAUGCUGCCCUGUGCUCACCCCGGCCUCGCGCGAGUUGGGGUGAGUCGGGUGCGCGCUCAGCCGGGUCUCACCGGUCGUCCAUCCAAGUUCCUUACUACAACCUUCUAUCCCCUCAAUUGCUCAAAAGCAGCGCUGUAGGUUCGACGCUUUAAGGCUGGUGCUGAUAGGAUCGCGACGCGUUGCGAGUCGCAUUCUACAAAGUGGACAGAAGAUAUAUUGAUAAAC